UAAUUUCCUGGAUUCAACUUUUACCCUCUUCCUGGCACCCCCAGCCAGCAGCCAGAUUGCACUGAAGUUGCUUCUGCCUGCCUCUUCUUCCCCCCACAAUGACUCCUCACCUUGCCUACAGUCUUCCUGCAGUUCUGGCCCCUGCAGUGGUGUUGCUUCAAACUAAGAACACAAGGUGGCACUCUUGAGCCACAGUCCCAGGGAGGGAAGCAGGGAUGCUGCCACCAGAUUAUUACGUUGCCCAACCAGGAACUUCCCAUCCCAGGAAACGGGAACACAGGAAAUUGCUUUAUACUGAGUCAGGCCGCAGGUCAAUCUAGCUCAGUAUUGUCAAAAAUAAUUGGCAGCACCUCUCCAGGGUUUCAGCCGUGCGUCUCUCCCAGGUCUACCUGAAGAGGAUUGAACCUGAGACCUUCUGCAUGCAAAGCAGGUGCUCUAUCACGGAUGCCUUUCCCAACUCACAUUUCCUGUCACUCCACUGCAGUUCAACUCAAACCACAGAAACAUCUGGCCACGUCAGGCCUGGUGCUCUUCAUUUUGCAUUCAUUUUGCGAAUCUUCAUGAGCAAAGUGCUUUCUUCCAAUGUACCCCAACCUUACCCCAUACCUCUCCUGGUCAGCCCCUCAGAGAGAGGCUGUUCUGUGCAUUCACUUAUAAGCUUAUCUUCACUUAUUGCAAUACACAUGGCCUGGUGCUUUGCUUUGGGCCAAUAAUUCAGCGCCUGCAAUGCUUAGCUUGGUUCCACUCUGCCAGAGGGCCAGCAGGAAUGAGGGGUAUCUAGUGCAAGGAAUAGCCUCUGCAUGCACUGCAGAACCAUGGAGUUUCCUAAAUCAUGAGUGAGCUGGAGUUAGAGGGAAGGAUCAAAACUCCUUCCUCCCCGCAAUAAAUAUUUGGAUGGUUAUUGAACACAAUCUGUGGCUCUCUUCACUGCGUAGAUUGACUGUGCAAGAGGGCAGUGAUGUACUUGUCUGUUUUGUAGCAUGUCCCUCCUCCACUGAUAUCAACAUUUGCCUGCCCACACGGUCCCCAUUCUCUUCCAUUCUUUGAACUCAAGUCAAAGACGACAUAUGUAGCCAGCUGAGCCCUCCAUCAGAGACUUGGGAAAGUUCGUUUCACCUUAGCUUGCCAUAAUCUUGAGGAUGGAGACGAUGGCACACGACACCCCACAAGCCAUGUGCUGAGCCCAUCACCUAUGAAACCAGCCCAAACUGCAGCCAAAGCGACUUCAGUUUACGUGGGACACUGGGAGGCCGGCAAUCUCUUUCAUCAAGACCAUCUCGGGGAAGGAUCUAUUGCCUGUCAGGUUGUGGGACCCGAGGCUCAAGAUGUGCAGCAUGAACAGGACCAGGAGGUGGAGAUACAGGAUGGUGGGUUGGGCUCUGCUUCCUUGGAGGUGGGACUCCUAGGUGCUGCUUUCCCUACUUAUUCUCCUGCGUGGAAACCGCAGCCCCACUUGUCGUUUGGCGACUCUCCUCUGAACAGCCUCUCGUUGCCAGGAUGUCUGCAUCGGACCGGGUAGUGGUGGUGCUUGGCGGAGCUGGCACGGUGGGCUCUGGCAUUGUCAAGGCGCUGCUGGAGAAAGGCUUCCAGGUUGCUGUCGUUUCUCGAGACAGAAGCAGAUUGGAGAAGCUGAAACAGUUUUUGCCUCCACCAGCCUGCCAGCGCCUGCACACCCUGGUUGGGGACGUAGGUUCUGAGGAAGGUGCAGAGGCAGCCAAGGAGGCUCUGUUGAAGAGCACUGGGAAGGUGACGGACGUGGUGUCCUCCUUGGGCUUCAGCUGGUGGCAAGGGGGUCCCCCUCUCACUCAGACCCUGAAGGAGCUGCACCGGGUCCUGGACACCCUCCUUCUCAGCACCUUCACUGCCUGGAAGGCCUUCUUCCCCCUUGUGAAGGACAACGCAGAUGGAACCUACACUUUCAUCACUGGAGGGGCUGGGGAGCGCCUCCUCAUGCCAGGCACAGGCUUCCUGACACUGGGGGCAGCGGGGGCCUUGGCCUUUUCCCUCAUGGUCCGUGAGGAGUACCCAGACGUUCCUUGCAAGCUGAAUGAGGUGAAAAUCAACAUGGGUGUGACGACGCCAGAGCGCCUGGGCCCCGGGUACGUGAGCCACCUGGAGGUGGGAGAGGCCGUGGCUUCCCUGGUGGACAAGAGGAUCGUCUCACAUACGGUGCUGAGUGCCAGCUCGCCUGCUGACCUCAAGACCCUGGCGCUGGAAGGGAAGCUUUGAGGUGCCGGCUAGGAGACUUGCCAGCCAUACCCACCCAUAGUCCCUCCCCUUAUGCCACCCCGUGUCUCUCCUUGGUGCCUGACUGGUAGGGAAAGGGUGCUUUUCAGCCCUGAGGCUCCUUCUCUCCUGCUCUGGCCCUUCUUCAGAGCCAGAUGUGCACAGAGAGGGCGCAUCAACAUCACACAUAGAAACCGGCAUGAGCCACUUCAGGGAGGUAGUGGCUCAUCUGGUGGUGGAUCUGGUUGAGAGAGGGAGAAGCUCCUCUGAGCAACCAAACCUGACCC